UGCAGACGCUGCUAACCAGCUGCAGUCGCCAAGGUACCCCAUUCAACUUCCCUCUCUUUAAGUCGAUUCAACGCUCCAGUUCAAAGAUUCGCAAGAAACCACAUCUGGUGGAUCGAUGGCGGCGGAUGACUAUGAAGAAGUUAUAUCAAGUGGAGGACUCAAGCUGAAAGGCGCUGAUUUCGGGAAGAAAAAAAAGAAAAAGAAAAAGUCAACCCUUUCUGAAGCGGUGCUCGAUAAAGGCAAAAGCAACUACACCGAAUUAGCGAAAUCAUUAAUCGAGUCAUCUACAUCACUACAGAAACAAAAGCUUCGAGAAGAAGAGCGAGCCACCUCCGAAGAACAAAGAGAAUCGACUUCUUCAACUGCUACACCGGUCAAUAUAACCAGAGUGGAGAAAACUAGGGCCGAAAUCAAGUUUGAAGAAACCCAAAAGAUGAGGUUGCUCGAAAAAGCUAAGAAACAAGCGUUGAAAACUCACAAGGAUAGGGUCGCCGAUUUCAAUCUGAGACUAGAGAAUCAAUCCGAACACUUUGACAUCCCAAAGGUCGGACCUGGCUAAAUCGACGCUUUCCGAGACAUGGCCAUGGGCAUACAUACAUAUGCUGUUCGGAUUCUUUAUGUUUCAUCAUUCUGCGUUUGCUUUGUACUGAGUAGGGAUCCGGACAAAGCCACUAAUUAGAGCAUGAAGCCAAUUAUUUCAGCUCAAUGUGUUUUACUUUUCUUCACGAAAUCUCUCCGCGGAAAUCGUCUGUUCACUCUAGUAACCUUUCUCAAAGUCAAGCAAGAGGAGCAGGGAUUGCAUGUCUCGAGAAAAGAAAUGUAGUACUUUCGUAUUGAUAGGAAAGAGA